UUACGGUGUGUAACAAGGAAAUGCUGCAUAGUUUGAAAUAGUGCUGCAGUUUUUAGUGACUAAACAGAUUAAAGUAGUUAUUGAAGUAGUUUGUGUUGAAGAUGGAUACAGUCGAGUGUUUAUUUGUGUUUGUUGUUUUGGUCGGCCGUGUGUCUGACGCGCUCGAUAACGGACUGGCUUUGACGCCCACGAUGGGCUGGCUGCACUGGGAGAGAUUCAUGUGUAACGUCGACUGUGACUCCGAUCCAAAGAACUGCAUCAGUGAGAAUCUCUACAUGCAGAUGGCAGAUGUGAUGGUGAAGGAGGGAUGGAAAGAUGUGGGUUAUGAGUACGUCUGCAUCGAUGACUGCUGGCCCUCCCAUCAACGCGAUGCUCAGGGACGCCUGCAGGCAGACCCAAAAAGAUUCCCAGGAGGCAUUAAGAAACUGGCUGACUAUAUCCACUCUAAGGGGCUGAAGCUGGGGGUCUAUGCAGAUGUGGGGAAGAGUACCUGCGCAGGGUACCCUGGAAGUCUGGGUUAUUAUGAGACAGACGCAAAGACCUUUGCCAGCUGGGGCGUGGACCUGCUUAAAUUUGAUGGCUGUUAUAUGGACUGGACUCUGCUGGGAGAAGGCUACAUGAACAUGUCGAAAGCCCUGAACAGAACAGGAAGAAGCAUCCUGUACUCCUGUGAGUGGCCGCUGUAUGAGUGGUCUUUCCACCAGCCAAACUACACAGCCAUCUGCGAGACGUGUAACCAGUGGCGUAACUCUGCUGACGUGUACGACUCGUGGGCCAGCGUCAAGUCCAUCCUGGAGUGGGCGGCUACUCAUCAGGACAUCAUCGUCCCCUCCGCUGGACCUGGAGGCUGGAAUGACCCUGAUAUGCUGGUGAUCGGGAACUUUGGCUUGAGUCAUGACCAGCAGCAGUCUCAGAUGGCACUGUGGGCCAUCAUGGCAGCUCCUUUGCUCAUGUCCAAUGAUCUGAGGGAUAUUUGUCCUCGCUCCAAAGAGCUGCUGCAGAAUAAAUAUGUCAUAGCUAUCAGCCAGGACCCACUGGGCAAGCAAGGACACCGUACAGCCAAGGACAAUAAUUUUGAAGUGUGGGAGAGGCCUCUGUCCAAAAACAGACUGGCUGUUGCUAUCCUCAACAAACAAGAGAUUGGGAAUCCACAAGGUUUUCCCAUCAGCACAAUUCCUGGCUGGAUGAUCUGUGUCCACAAGUGUGACGUCACCCAGAUCCUGCCUCAGUACAAGGAUAUGGGUGUUCAGACUCUACAAAGUGAUGUGGCUGUACCAGUCAACCCUUCAGGCACCACUCUGCUGAUAAUCACCCCCAUCAACAGCAAAAGGUUUUACAACAUGCAGUGGUGGGACACGCCUAUCAAAAAGAACAAUGGCUCCAUUUUGUAGCCAACAUUUUCAAAUUGUGGAUGUAACACCACACAUCAGUUAUUACAACUUAAUUUGAUCCAGCAACAAAUGCAGUAAAACUGUAGACUUAAGUUGUUCACUGCUUGAACUAAAAUUUUACAACCUAAGCCAUUUUUCAAUUUAAGUGCUCAUCUUUUUACCUCUUAAAAAAAAAAAAAAAAAAAAACCC